AUGAAUCCAGCUGUCACAAAUAUCGCUAUUAUGCUUAUUGGUAUGCAAGUUGCCAAAAAGUUGGACUUGGAAGACCCAACUGUCUUAUUCUACACGAGAGCCUUCUACAUCUCAUGUCAAGUAAUUGCUUUCCUCGUAUACUUUAUUGUCAGGUUAAAGAUUAACCAAAAGAACGAUUUGACCACCAUCAAGUACGUCGAACCAGCUAACCCUAUGAGCGGUGAAACUGAGCCAAGGGCCGUUGUUACCACCGUCAAAGAGUAUGAUUUGCAACAAGUCAAUGGUCAAGUCAAGGGAAUCUUUACCGGUUUGGCUAUGAUGGGUUUCAUGCAUAUUUACAUGAAAUAUACCAACCCAUUGAUUAUGCAAAGUGUUUCCGGUGUCAAGUCAGCUUUAGAAUCAAACAUUGUCAAGAUUCAUCUUUAUGGAACUCCAGCUACUGGCGAUUUAAAGAGACCAUUCAAGACUGCGCCUGGAUUUAUGGAAAUGUUAACUGGAGGUGCUGGUGUACAGACUGAUAAAGCUUCUGUUGAAAGUGCUGAAGUCAGCGGUGCCGGCGGUAUCAAACAAGAUUAG